AUGCCUCCCUUCGGACAUGACAUGUCCCUCGGUGGCGUACAAAAGGUGGAAGGCUACAGCGAUACGGAUUCGUGGAACUGGCCUCAACAACCGACCUCUCACCAAGCUUCGUACCCGAACAUAUUCGAUCCCUCCAUGUACGCCAGCUUCACUCCUCCAAUGCAACAGCAAGUUCGCCAACCGCCUCGCCAUCACUCAAUUGCCACAUCUCGCGUCGUUUCAACUGCGACUAGCACGCCACCACCCCCCAGGCCCCAGGUCACAGGAAACAUGGUCAAAGCGCAGCCAGCAUUCAAGCCCACAUGGCAGGGGUUCCUAGAUACUACCAAAGAUGCCAUGACCGUCGUGGAAGCUGCACUCCAGGGCCGCCUUAGCCAUAUCAGUCGCAGACCGCACGACAAAGAGCGCGCAGAGAUGCUUACUUCCGGAACCGUUUUGGUGUACGAGGAGAACGCUUCCGGUAUCAAGCGAUGGACCGAUGCUGUCCAUUGGUCCCCAAGCCGGGUGAUGAACAACUGCCUUAUCUACCGCCAGCUCGUCCGAGCCUUGAAGCCUGAGGAGAAGAAGUCGGCUCUCAACCCAUCGUGCGGAACCAAGAGGAAGCGCAAGGAAAACAGCGGCCCGGUUAGGUCCAAGACUGGCGAAGUGCUAGAGAACUCCGAGGAUGAAUACGAGAAUCCCUCUUUCGACGCUUCGCUACCCGGCGAUGUCGACUCCAUGAACAAGGUGUACGCCAACUUCGCUCAAAGUUUAACCCCCGAUCAACAACGACGGUUCUGCGGCUCCCUCAUCGAUAGCUACGAGUUCAAAGAAGGCGGCUUGAUGAAGAAGACCAUCUCGGUCAAGUACCAGGGCACUCACCACCAUGUCAUCUCCUACUACAGUCUUGAAGACGUCGUCAGCGGGAAGCUCAAGCGACCGUUUCAAGACCCAAAGCUAGCCGACAUUCAGCCAAGACCAGAGCUUCUGAAUGGUUGGAAGGUCAGCCUCGAGGACGAGGAGACCAAGGAUAUGCCCCUUGUAGCAGGAUACCCACACCACAUCCAGCCAAGUCAUGUGCAGCAUCAUGUCAUCGGAGCUGUAACUCAAUCCAUCGGCGCACAGGGUCAGAUUCAGACGCAUGCUCCUCUUCACCUAACGGUUCCCGACUACUGGCAUGGACCCCAGGUUUCGCAGUACUCGUCGAGCCACCAUAGCCCCCAACACUACGCAACACCCCAGCCUGUAGCACCUCAGUUCUCGGCUCACCAGCCGCCACACCAAUACUCUGUCCCGCAACCCUCGUCGCAGCACUACGCCCAUCCUCCAUCCCCUCAACCAUACUCUUCGCCGCAUUCAGCAACCUCUCAGUAUUCCGCGCAAGCUGCGCCGUCUUCACACUACACGCCGCAACCACAAUCUGCUCGCCACUACUCUUUCGACCCUCCGUCGGCUACAUCAGCAAGCUCGUACUCUCAGCAUGCGCCUACCUCACAAUAUCAGGCACCACAGCCUGCACCAUAUGCAUUGCCUCAAUCUGCCGGCUUUGAGGCACAGACCUUGCCUCAACAAGGCUCACCAGUCGGUCCUCAACAGACGCAAGUCCCUGGACCGCAACAUGACCAACAAAGGAGGGCCUCAGCACCUGUGGCUCUCCAACCAUUCACUCAGCCUCAAUUCCCCGCGGCUCCCCACCCUCACUCAUACUACGUAACGGAUCAGAAGUACGUCCCAGAACAAAAGUACACAUCUAAUGCGCACCACGGUUACUAA